AUGAAAAAGAUCCAGUACAUCGGCACCGCAUGCCCGUUCUGCAAAGGAGACAUUGACGUUCAUGUCGAGAGACGAGAGGACGUAUUUGGGGAGUGGGACAUACACCCCAAGAUCCCGGUGGAAAACGACCCCGACCAGCAGCUGGCCGCUAGGUUCGAUGCCUACAAGGAGUAUUACAUUCUCAGGCUCCUCCUCCUCAUGCACAGGAUCUUGACGAGUCCUUACCCCAUCGCCUCCGAGAGCUUGGAAUGGAGCCAGAUCAUCGACACUUGCUGGCAAGAGACCUUCUGCAAAGUGGUCUUCAGUCAUGUUGGACACGCCAUGGAUGUGUGCGACUGCCCCUCGACCAAGGAGGAGUGGCGCGUCAACCCCGCCAUCACGUUGAGAAAGAACGAGGCGGAGUCCGUCCUUGAGGGUAUCGACAAGAUACCUCGCGGCGAGCGCGAACGGUUCUGGAUGGGGCGUAUCUUCAGAUACGACGCAGCCACCAACGUUUACACAGAAGACUGGACAGUCACCGACAGAGCACGACAAAUCUAUGGCCUGUAUCGUGCCAGCGACUUCCCCGAAUACCAGAUGCAGUACGUCGACGUCGACUUCGACGCCUGUGCCAAACGGUACGACAGGCUCGUAGACCUCGGGGACGACUGCCACGAGGAACUAAUCAAACGGGGGCCCCAAGUCUCGCAAAGCUACCCGUACAACAACGCCACCUUCCACACACGAAGGGUCCAGUGGAUGGACCUGGACAACUGGCCGUCGGCGCUUCUACGUCGCGAGACGCUCUUGCAGUGGAUGUUCAUGUUCCUCGCGUACGACGCAGGGCUCGACGAGGAGGUGAUGAUGUUCCUCGGCGGCGCUCUCCUCGCCAUCCUGAACCCCUACCCGUCCAUUCGGACAAGGUCGCACCCGUCGCAUAAGAAGCCGGAGUGCCUCGACCCGGACCUCGCCGCUUGGGAUGUGCUGCAGGAAUGCGUCUUCGAGCUCGAGAACCACUGGCCUCUGCUCGCUCGCAGGAGCGAGAUCCAGGAGAACCUCUACGACGCCGCGCACGAGACGUCGGCCCUGGUGAAGUUGAUCAGGCGCAACAGGCGCAUCAUCGCGAACGACAUCAAUUCCCGGAACCAGGCGGCCGAUCGCGGCGUCAAGGCCUUUGCGGUCAAGCCGCAGGAGGCUAUCAAUCAGGGACAGACGCAGUGCUCGGUGUGUACGGACACGUGGGGCUCGCAGCCCUUCCACCAGCCCGUUAAGAUGCCGUGCUGCAAGGCGUUUGUCGGGGCGCGGUGUCUCAAGCAGUGGCUGGCGUCGAGACCGCUUCGCGGGGCCGAAGAGGACGUCUCCGAGGACGAUACUACGUGGGCGCAGGGUUGGAAAUGCUUGCUGUGCCGGGCUCCGAUAGGCGACAAGUUCCGGCCGAAGCUGCGUGAGCAUCAAAGGCUUGGCCCGGAUAAUCUUCGAGAUUUAGCCUUCAACAACGUGUCGAAGAGUUUUGAGCAGCCAUCGUGGUGGUGGGGGAGUAAGCUCUUCGAGCAUCAGAUGAAUGGAGGGCCAUCGCAAUCUUAG